AUGGCGUGGGACCUGGGCGUGGUAGAGAUGCUGCUGGAAGCCAGUGAGUAUGUCCGUGAGAUCCUAGGUGCCUUGGCUGUCGGAGAGGUCAUCAGCGUGGAUGACUCGUCCACCAAGUUCCAUGUUCCAGAGGAUCACAAACAAACAUUAGUGACAGUGUCGGUAUUUUCCAGAUAUAUGCCACUGUUGGGUAUGAGAUAUAACAAUGUCAAGGAUUGUACCCAACAACGGAACCCUGCUGGAAUGGUCUACAGUGAAAGCCCUGUGCUGUUUAGCAUACUGGAGGACAUGUUGGUUAUAGUCAAGAAAGAUAUGAUUGAUACGGACAUCCUGCCUGCCAUGCCUCAGAUAGUGCCGAAGUUAGAAUCUGGGAUCAAAGUUGCGGAAUUGGGCUGCGCAACAGGAGUCAUUAUAAACAAAUUAGCCUCUCGAUUCAAGAACAGCACCUUCAUCGGUUCGGACGUAGCAAGCAAGCCACUAGAAGAAGCCAGAGCAGAUGCAAAUAGCCGUGGCAUUCAGAAUAUCACCUAUAGUAUUGACAAUAUUGAAAACAUAUCUGAAACAUACAACGAGAGUUUUGACUGGAUACUUACCCGCUUUGUCAUUCACGACCUUGCCUAUCCCCAGCAAGCUUUAAACCAGAUCUACCGGUGUCUGAAACCAGGAGGUAUUUUCAGCAUGAUUGACAUCGGAAUAGAGGGAGGAAUUAUUGGUAACAUUGCAAAUGGGAUAUCUAUGUUCUACUACUCGGCAAGCACAUUUUUGUGCAUCCCGGAGAGCUUCCGCCAGCCUGACUCUGCAGCGCUUGGGGCAACAUGGGGUGCACCUUUGGCAAGAGAGAUGGUUGCCAAAGCUGGUUUCACCAUCAUAAACGAGUUUGCGAGUCGCACUGAUGAGAUGGAGAUCCACUUUGUCUGUCAGAAGUAGCUUUGGUACACGAUGGGUGGUGUUUCCAUCGUAUGGAAACCUUGACGUGCAUGUAUAAUGCUUUGAGCUAUUUAGAAGAAGUCGAGUUCCAGCAAUGGUUUCCGGAUAUGUCGAUGCUGCAUUUCAUAACAGGAUAUAAUUUCACUAUCAUGUAAGCAUUAACAUUCUACCUGAUACACAGAGAGGCUGAACGUUUUAAAACUAUGAUGGGGUGUUUUCAUCCUUUAGAUACCCUUGGCGUGCUUUAUGGUGCUUUGACCUAUUUGGAGAAUGUAGUUUAAUACUUAAGAUUACUUAAGGGAAUGUAACUGUUGGACAAACCGCCUGGAAAAAUUAAACAGAUACUACAUAUGUACAAUAUGUACAGAGGCAAAAAUAAACACAAAUACAUGCGA